ACCGAGUCAGCUCAGCUUCACUUGGCCGCCAGCUUUCCAAGUUUCAAUUGUCAGGACUCGCUUAUUUUCUGUUCUCUUUCCACGCAUGAUGAUCCUGCUAGUGCUCGCGUGCGCGCUGCUCGCCCCCGCCAACGCCUCGUGGCGCUCCAAGCGUUCUGCCAUCGGCUGCCCCGAGACGUGCGACCCGUCGCGAUGCGAGCCCCCGCCCUCGCCCGCCGAGUGCCCGGCCGGGGUGGCGCUGGAUGCAUGCGACUGCUGCCGGGCGUGCGCGGCCGACGAGGGUGACCCGUGCGGCGAGGACGAGCGGCGCUGCGGCGACGGUUUGACGUGCACGACAAGCGACGGCGUGUCGGCCACGAGCACGGUGCGGCGCAGGGCCAGGGCGGGCGUGUGCGCGUGUGCCAUCCCCGAGCCCGCCUGCGGCAGCGACGGCGUCACCUACGUCAACGUCUGUAAGCUCCGACGCGAAACCGUCCGCGCUCUCCAGGCCGGGCAGCCGCCCGUCAUCCUUGUCCAGAGAGGCGCGUGCGGCCAUGCAGGUCAGAAGAACCCCGACAGUCUUCGCUUCAGGUAUAACUUCAUCGCCGACGUGGUGGAGAAGAUUGCGCCGGCCGUCGUCCACAUAGAACUUUUCCGCAAGAUGGUUUAUUCCAAGCGGGAAGUGGCGGUGGCCAGCGGCUCGGGUUUCGUCGUGUCCGAGGACGGCCUCAUAGUCACCAAUGCCCACGUGGUGGCCAAUAAGCAUCGAGCGAAGGUGGAGCUGAAGAGCGGCGCCACCUAUGACGCCAAGAUCUUGGACGUCGACGAGAAGGCCGACAUCGCCCUCAUCAAAAUCAAUGUGCCUACCAAGCUGCCGGUUCUGCUGCUGGGCCGUUCGGCGGAGUUGCGCCCCGGCGAGUUUGUGGUGGCCAUCGGCAGCCCCUUCUCGCUGCAGAACACCGUCACUACUGGCAUCGUCAGCACCACGCAGCGACAAGGCAAGGAGCUGGGCCUCCACAACUCCGACAUGGACUACAUCCAGACCGACGCCAUCAUCAACUACGGCAACUCGGGAGGGCCGCUCGUCAACCUGGACGGCGAGGUGAUCGGGAUCAACACGCUGAAGGUGACGGCGGGAAUCUCCUUUGCCAUCCCGUCUGACAAAAUACGACAGUUCUUAGCAGAGUCGCACGAGCGCCAGGCCAAAGGGAGGAACAGCGGCAAGAAGAAGUACAUCGGCAUCAGGAUGAUGAGCCUCACACCAACUCUGGCCAAGGAGCUGAAGGACAGACGGUCGGACUUCCCGGACGUCACCUCGGGCGCUUACGUCAUCGAAGUCCUCAGCCGGACCCCCGCCGAGGCCGCCGGUGUGCGGGAGAGCGACGUGAUUAUCAGCAUCAACGGCGAACGCGUGACGUCGGCGAGCGACGUGAGCGCCGCCAUCAGGCGCGACAACACGCUAAGGCUGGUGGUGAGGCGAGGCAACGAGGACGUCAUCCUCUCAGUCGUGCCCGACGACGUCGAGCCGUGACGAGUCGCCCGGCGCCGCGGGCGGAACACCCGUCGAGGCUAAGGACGUCAUGGACGGACCGACCCUCGAGACCACGCGUCGCAAGCAAAGACACCAAAGACGCACGCGCCACCAGUGGCCACUUGUGCUGGCUCAAUGACUUGACUUGUGUUGGGGACUUGUUUUUACGUGUAGGACCAUUUUUCAAGGAUGAAAAUACAAUUAUUUUUAACAGAA